UUAGCGCAUAACUCUAUUAAAUUGAUUUUGGUGAAUAUAAAACUAUAUAUAAUAUUUCCAUUUGAAAAUUUGCGAAGGAACGUUAGUAAGGUUAUAUAUAUCAGAAUGAAGGUAGUACAUUCAUGUAUAAGCUUAUGGAUUUACAUCAUUUUAUACUCUGCUAUAAAGACGUCGGAUGCAAGAAAGAUUGCAAGCUGCAACACUCCGAACAUUCAGAAUGGCAUGUUGAUUUGUUCCACUCGUGAAUCGGUGGGGAAAUAUCUUGAUGGUACACACUGCAAGAUUAAAUGUAAUAAACUAUUUGCUCACGCAAGCGGCCCGACUGCAAUUGAUUGCUACAGAGGAACAUGGUUACUUGCGGGAGAUGAUCACGUUCCUUUCACAAGUCCACCAGAAUGCAGACGAGUGUUUAUAGGUGAUGGAAGAAGUAGCUUUUCCGUGACCAGCAGACAGCACAACGGCAUGUGUUCAACCACAUUUUGUGACGCACGAUACAACGGGAUCACUGAACGGGUUUGCCGACAAUCAAGAUGCUGCUGGGAUGCAAAAAAGAAAGACUGCUACAAAUUCUUAGAUCAACAAUGUCAAAUUGAACUGCCAAAACGAAGCAAUUGCUCAGGAACAUGGUAUGGAAUUCCGAGGACUAUAUGUGAGAGCAAAGGAUGUUGUUUUGAUGAUGACAGAAACUUAUGUUAUACAGAGAAGCCAGAAGUGAUUACAGACAAAUUGCCUAGACGAAAAUUGCCUUUGAAACCACAACCAGAAAAAGUAUCUGCUUGUAAACUCACGGAGGACAGUUUACCUAAUGGUAGACUCGACUGCGUGACAACUGGUAACGUUAUUCGCUGUAAUGCAAGAUGCAAUGACAGAUUUGUGUUGGAAGGAGUACCCACAAGGUCGUGCCACAUCUCUAGCGAGGAGUGGUCUCCUGGCUCAUGGCGCUGUAAAAGGGAAUUCUGCAACAAUAUCAAAACUUCACCGAGGACGUUUGUGGACUGUACAAAUGGAGUACAUGUGGGAAGUAUUUGUAGGGCAUCCUGUGCCCGGGGGUUCAAGCUAUUGUCUUAUAACACAGCAGCGUGCAACAAACAGGGCGAAUGGACCGCACCAACAAACUGGAAAUGUACAGAAAUCCAAUGCCCGGCUUUGGAGUUGGAUGACAUAGUCCUUGAAGGUCAACGAUCAUACGAUGGGACGGAGGCCAGUGUAUAUUGUACAAAAGGAAGAAAGUUUGGGUCUGUUUGCGGCGUGAGCUGUCCUCUGGGCUACAUGCAAACUGGCGCGACGAGCAUACGAUGUGGAAUAUCUGGGAAAUGGUCGUUUGGGACUGUCAGAUGUAUUCCACUAUCCUGCUCAAUGCCACAGCUAUCACAUCUGUUGACGCAUUCAUGCUCUGAUGACUAUAAAAUAGGAAGUAGAUGUAAACUGAUAUGUCCAUUUGGAUACAAGCUAGAGGGGCCACCGACGAUAAGUUGCAGAGCAAAUCAACAAUGGUCAUCACACCCGUCGCAGAUCAAUUGCAUAGUGUCGCGGCAGUGUGAAAACCCCUUUGUACCAGAAAAUGCUGUACUAGAAUGUCCCGAUGGUAUGAACGCUGAUACAUUAUGUUCUGUAAAAUGUCCAACCGGUAAAACUUUGAGAGGAUACGAAGUAAAUGUCUUGGCAUGCAUGAAUAAUCUAGAAUGGCAAGACUCAUUCGAAGGUGAAUCGUGCAAAGGCCCUCCCAAGUGUGGAGAUUUACGAACGGUGUUUCCAGAAGCGGAAUGGAAUAAACUGACAACGGUCUGUACUGGUGGAGACCGACUCGGAUCAGUUUGCACGAUAGAAUGUGGAGAUCACGGAGAAGGGUCAUCUGUCACGGUCUGUAUCAACAACGAUGAGGGUGUACCGUCAUGGAGUAAUUCACCCCCUGCACAGUGCAUCGAUCUGAAAACGAGAGAAUGUGACAUGCUAAUAAAUCUUUCAAAUGGGAAGGUCACGGAACAGAAAGAUGCCCGUGAUUUUGUUAAGAUAAAAGUCUCCCCUAGACUUCCAGCUUGGAGAAAAUGGAUGUCGUUGGGGACGCACCAGUGUGAAUAUCAAAGCGUCCUGGAAAUAGACUACGCACGAUUGUCGGCAUUUGCGAUGAGAAUGAACUACGGAGUUCCAUCGUCCCUCCACUUCGAAUUGGUCGAUCAAAAACAUAAAGGACAACUCAAAUCAAUGAGAGGAAAAAACUUUCAAGCAACCGGAAUAUCUCAUUUCUCUGGAAAAGGAGUUUUUCCAUCAAAAGCUGAAGUUACAUUGACUCUGAAGAAAACGAAUCGUGAUGUUACAUACAUAACUGGUUCAGCGUCGGAAAAACUAAUACCUUUGGAUUUUUCUGAGUCAAUGUCACUACUUGUGGGUUUGAAUAGGGCAGUGAGCGUUCAGCAUGAUUAUGAUAUACGGAACAUGGGAUCUGGAAUGUGUGAAUUUUGUUUGGUGUAUGCUGCCGUUCACACUCAAAAGAAAAUGUAGUACAAAAGAAUCGUUGUUGAUAUUUGAUUGAAAGACAAAAACGAUAUUGCCUUAUAUAUUAAUUGAGCCUAUUUUGCCUUUGUGCACUUUUAUUUAAAAAAAUAGACACAUUUG